CUGCACCGUAACAUUUGGACUUCAGUUCGGCACCGUACUAGCAAUAUAGAAGUAUUAUAUAUAUGGAAAAUACAGAAACUGAAAUGCAGGAAUAGCAGAAAUUGAAAGAAGUCGAGAAAGUGAAAAAGAAGAAAUGAGAAGGUGGCUCCCCGAUUUGUUGCGGAGCAUGCGCAGUAGCAGAAGCAGACAACUGUCUUCUCAUUUCUUCUUUUCCACUUUCUCGAUUUCUUUCAACUCCUGCUACUCUUGCACUUCAAUUUCUGUAUUUCCUGCAUUUCCCCUGCGUUCGUUCGUUCCCUCUUGCUUAACUGGACACAGCCUUGAGUUGUCUGAACGCACCUAAUGAUUGUAUGUACAUACAUAUUUGUUCCAUUUUAAGUUGCAAAUAUUUCUAACAAGAUGCAAGUUUUAAAAGUUCUGUAUCCCAAUAAGAUUUCUUUUUCAAGAAUCAUUCUCAGCAAUAGAUUGAUUCAGCAUGCAUAUAUCAGUGAAACAACCAGAUCACUAUCAACAGUAGACAAAAAGGACAUUAGACAUCACAAUACAAUGAAAACACAAUGGUGGGAUGAAGAUGGUGUAUUAAAAUUUCUCCACAAAUUUAAUCCACUCAGAGUACAGUUUGUGAGAGAGGGUAUGGCAAAUACUGGAUUUGAAGCAUCCAAUCCAGCUUUUCCAUUAAAAGGGCUUAAGAUUAUAGAUGUUGGUUGCGGUGGAGGUAUAUUAACUGAGAGUUUAGCUAGAGUAGGAGCUGAAGUAACUGGAAUAGAUGCAUCUGAUGAAUUGAUAGAAGUAGCAAAUCAGCAUAUAAAGUUAGAUUCUGAUAUAAUGGAAAGAGUAAAUUACAUCUCAACAAAUAUCGAAGAAUUUUCUAAAACAAAUAUCGAAUCUUAUGAUGUUGUUGUCUGUUCUGAGGUUUUGGAACAUGUAGCUGAUCCGGAUUUGUUUAUAAAGAAAUGUGUAGAAGUGCUAAAACCUGAUGGAUCAAUUUUUAUAACAACAAUAAACAGAACUUUAUGCUCUUGGCUUGGUGCUAUUAUAGUCGCAGAAUAUAUGCUGAAGGUAAUAGCAUUGGGUACCCAUCAAUGGAAUAAAUUUCUUUCUCCAUAUGAAGUUCAAAGUAUAUUAGAUAAAUAUGGAUGUAAAACAAAAGUAAUUCAUGGAAUACUAGUUAAUCCAUUGACAUAUCACUUUAAGUGGUCGUCAUAUACGGGAAUUUUUUAUGGAAUUCAUGCGGUUAAACAAAAACAGACUACCAUAUAAUAUAAUUUUCUACGUAUGACUGUUAUAAAAAUUUGCACAAUGAAACCGUGACGUGAAAUAUGUACAUAUAUGUACACAUAUAUGCACAGAUGCGUGUAAAUGCAAAUAUGAAACUUUGGAAAUAUACAAUUAAUUAUACACAGAAAGUGUAUGAAAACAAAUAUUUUAUUUAUCCUUUUACUUGCAUUCAAAGAAUACACUUGUUUCAUAUCGUUACAAUACUUCAGUACAUGUUUGAUAUUAUGUAUGUACCAUAUUACAUGAAGACGAGUUAAAGGAUGUUAUUCACUUAAUAGAAUAACAUCGCAGAUCUUCGAUCGAAAAUAUAUCAUGUAUGUACUUUAUGUAAUACAAUACAGAAAACCGCAAGUCAUAAUCACAAGUAAAAGUCAACAAACAUACAAGUCAACAAACAAUAAGAAUCGACGUUUUAUUUAAUAACUUGUUUUGAUAUUUUUUUUUUUAAUUUCUGAAAG